AUGGCAACACUGAAAGGAGCUGUGGAUCGGAAUUUGGAUAUUCUCCUACAACUGAGUGAAGUCUUCUCCCAGAGACAGGACCAAGCUAUGUUCCAGUUGGCGGUGAACUUUGAGAACUGCAGGAAGAAGUGGAAGUACGCGGAGGAGCAGUUUGUAACCUGUCAGAGUCAGCUGGUUAAGGCUGAGCUGGAGUUGACGGCUCUCAGGGUGAGGUUUAAACACGCCUGCAACCAGCUGGACGUGGAGUUGAGGAGGAGACACAAAGCUGAACUCACCUGCGAGCAGCUGGAACGCAGGCUGCAGUUGGUCCAUGAUGUUCUGAAGAGUGAUGCUCCUGGCUCAGCGUUGCACAAUGAAGAUCGCCAAAACCUCCUCCAAGUUCUGGCUGCGCGCACACAGCCUGAGCAACAGGCCCGCACCAGGCUGCAGGCUGUUGAUGAAACAGUGACCUCCAACAUCUCCUGUUCCAGCAUCAGUUAUGACCGGACACGUGACGAGAUGCUGGAUUUGAAUAUUUCUGCUGUGAAGCCGGUAACAGCGAAGAUACGGAAUAAACGGCGUUCCAGCCGGGUUCUAGUCGAUCGCCCACCAGUUGCUCCGAGGAGAUCCCGCUCUCGCUCCUUUGAUCAACUUGUGGACUGUGCGGGCUCAGCGCCGGUGGGUGUGGGUGCGGGCUCAGCGCCGGUGGGUGUGGGUGCGGGCUCAGCGCCGGUGGGUGUGGGUGCGGGCUCAGCGCCGGUGGGUGUGGAGCAGAUCCCAGAGGACCACACUGUGGGGAGUGGGCACCAGCUGGUGACUGCCCCAGGUGCAGCAGCACCGUCUCCUGACCCAUUCUCAACGCCAGCGAGUGCCCCCAAGAGCAGGCCACACACCUUCAUCUCCAAAACGAUCAUCAUGCCGGAGACCUGUGUUCCCUGUGGGAAACGGAUCCGGUUUGGGAGAGUGGCCCUGAAGUGCCGCAGCUGCAGCAUCGUUGCCCACCCGAGCUGUAAGGAGCGGUGCCCUACCAUUUGUUCACCCAACUUCACCACAAUCUCUGUCAAAAAUGGUGAGGGAGCUGUUGGAGAUUUUGCCCCCCAGACUGUUCCCAUGAUCCCAUCUCUUGUCGUCCACUGUGUCAAUGAAAUUGAACAGCGGGGACUUCAGGAGCCUGGCAUUUACCGGGUACCUGGUGGUGAGCGGCUGGUCAGGGAGCUGAAGGAGAGUUACGUGCGGGGGAAGGGUCUCCCUUUACUCAGCCGAGUCUCCAACAUCCAUGUGGUGUGUGGGCUACUGAAAGACUUCCUCCGAAAACUGAAGGAGCCUCUGGUGACGUUCAAACUGCACCCAACCUUCAUGGCACUGUCAGAUCUUCCGGAUGAGCAGAGCAGCAGGGAGUUGUGUCGAGCUGUCAGCAGCCUACCCCCAGCUAACCGUGACACACUGGCCUUUCUCAUGGUCCACCUCCAGAGGGUGAUGGAGAGUCCAGGAUGUAAGAUGGACAAACAGAACCUGGCCAGAGUGUUUGGCCCAACCAUCGUGGGUCACUCCAAUCCUAACCCCAACCCUCUGGAGGUCUUUGAGGACACCAAACGGCAGCCCAAGGUGGUGGAACAGCUUCUAUCGCUACCCUGUGAUUACUGGAGCCGGAUAGUCCCGGUGGCACCCAGCAACAGUGAACCAGCUCCUACCGUAACUGGGCAUUUGUUUAAAUCGUUGACUUCCCCGGAAGCAGCUGAGAUCAUGAAUCGAUCUCCUGGGUGCUGGAUGGCUCCUGGGAUCCUAGCGAUCUCUGGAAAGAUAUUCCCUUCACCAACACUGAGCUAAACCAGAAGCGAGUGAGAAACUUGUCAGAAUCUUCACUGAAUGUUCACAAUGCCCCCUCGCUCCCUGCACCCCUCCCUCUUCUCCACAUCCAGUCAGUAUUGUCCCCUGUUUUUGGUGGGGGGGUGGAAAAUGACUCCUUACCUCACCUUGAUGUUCUCUCAUUGACCCAACAAGUUAAUGUCAAUGGAGAGCUCUGGGAGUAACUGUUUUGAGACUCUGCUGAAUAUUUUGGAAUAAAA